UCUCGUUGUGCUCCUCGCUCGGCGCGCAUACGUGUGCGACGUUGUUGUUUGUUGUUUCGGUGAAUCGAGUCGCCCGUUCGGCGGCAAUUUUGCUGUAUAUCAGUUAUAACAUAUCGGAGACAGUGAAGAAGUAACAAGUUGCACGGUGCGUUCGGUAAAUUGUGAGUAAACUUUGUUGUUGGUUUUGUUUUUCGGCCUCUGCUGUGUAGUGGGAGUUGAAAUUGGAUAGUACGCCUCAUCGAACUUCGUGUUCGCCAAAUGUGUGUUUAUUUUACCGUCUGUUGUUGAUUAUUUUGCGGCUGUCGACACAAAAUCACGAUCAGAUGUAAAGAAAUAGUGGAUUAAAGUGCUCACAGUGGAUUCCGUUUUAGUGUAUCGGUGUUGCUUCCCAUCUCUGGUGAAUUUGGAUGGUUGAAAAUAAAAUAAUAUAAAAUAGAAGCUUCCAUUGAAGAUAUACCGAUUUCGAGACGGAGCCCUCAUUGUUGCCGUCGACGAGCUAUCGUCUCAUUGUCGAAGUGAAAUCGUUUGCAGACGUGUGAAAUAAGGUUCGCAAAAUUGCUCCACUGUACCUCAUCGGGGAUAAUUGAUCGCAACAUUCAAUUUGAGCCCGAUAGUCAGCCCUACAGCGGCGUUGCGAUAUUCAUCAUCGAAGGCCAGCUGGCGUGAUUCAAAAUGGAGCUUUCACGAUUGAAAGUACUCUGCACUGGAUUAGUACUUCAGCUACUCUUCACAAUUGCUCUUCCUCUGCCCUACAACAAAUACGGACGGCAAUGUACGGACAUCGGAUGUCUCUCGAGCCAGGUGUGCGUGAUGGCCUACGAUUCCUGUUCCCUCGGACAGCGCGAAAACAACGAAUGUGGACGCUAUCCAACGUGCAAGAAGAAAACCGAAGCAGGCUUAGCCGCAGGUCCUAGUGACAACACUAACGAUCUGUACAGUAACAAACCGGCUCCGCCCAAGACUGCUCCGCCGACCGGAGACGAUGACGUUUUAUCUAGCUUGGGUUUGAAUCCCGACAUGCCAAGCAAUAAUCGGCCGGGUGCUGUCCAUCCCAAUCCAUCCCCUUCGGCACCUAAUCCAUAUGGAAAUCCUUACCCAGCACUUCCCCCUAGCCAGCCCAAACCCACUGCUCCCUACUAUCCCCCAGGAGGUAGCAACAACAAUUACUACGGAGGUGGUGGUGGUGCCGGUGGUGCUGGAGGUAACGCUGGAAAUCGGCGGCCGGGACAGUUUGACGGUUCCACCGGCAACAUUGUGGUGCCGACACAGAAGCCGACAGGUUCUUCCUCGGGUGGUGGUUUCUUCGGUAGUAUUCUUGGUGGUAUACAGAAUGCGGUAUCCAAUGCCGUUAAACAACAAGUCGGAACAUACAUCAACCAACGGUUGGGCAUUGGGCCGGCUGCUGGCCAAGCUGGUGGUGCAGGAGGUCUUGGAGGACUAUUCGAUGCUAGAAAUUUCAUCAACAGCAAAAGCUCUGGCAGUUUGUUCAGCGAACGAAAGCCGGCCGGCUCGGAUACAAGUUCCAGUGGUCCCUAUCCGGUGACCGUUGAUCAGCGUAGUCAGGUUUAUGGAGCUAACCCGCAACCAUAUCGCGGAUCAUCAAGUGAAAUAAAUGCUCGCCAACAGAACACACGUGGCACUCCUGCACCUUACGGGUGGAAGCUGGAUUGAGCAAGCUGAAUAAUCUCCAAUGCCGAGGUAAAAUGAUAUUAACCUGUAAAUUAACGAUAUUCCACCAGAAAUUUCUGGAUGAAAGAUACACAUGAACAAAUAUUUCUUUACCAUCUAGUGAAACUAGACUUAGUUAAGCAACUUCCGAACCCCAGAAUGAUUAUUUUUUUGUAUCUAAUAAAUUAACAU